CCGGUCCGGCCCGUCCCGCCCCCGGGUCCCUGGGCCGGCGGCGGCGCCGCUCCCGCUGCGACUGCCCCGGUGAGUGGCAGUGACCCGCCGGGCCGAGGGGGGAACGGGGACAGGGCCAAGGUGAUCGGGUCCUGACGGUGGGAGGUCGUCUCCGGUGCUUUGCCCCUGCUGUCUGCUCGCCGGACCGCGCGGAAAUGGCUCUGCUCCCCGAGGAGGCGAUGCAGUAGAUGUGGUGCUUAGUCAUGGCAUCAGAACUGUGUAAAACAAUCUCUGAGGCAAAGCUGGAAAGGCACAAGAACUUGUUCUUGAAUUACCGAAAUCUCCAUCACUUCCCUCUGGAGUUACUGAAAGAUGAGGGGCUGCAGUACUUGGAGAGACUUUACAUGAAAAGAAAUUCCCUGACCACAUUGCCAGAAAACCUUGCUCAGAAGCUUCCAAACCUCGUGGAAUUGUACCUUCAUUCAAAUAACAUAGUUGUUGUACCUGAAGCCAUUGGCUCCCUGGUUAAGCUGCAAUUUCUGGACCUGAGUGACAAUGCCCUGGAGAUCGUGUGCCCGGAGAUCGGCCGCCUGAGGUCCCUGCGGCACCUUCGCCUGGCAAACAACCAGCUGAAAUACUUACCUGCAGAGGUUGGAGACCUGCGGGAGCUGCAGACUCUGGACAUCUCCACCAACCGCCUGAUGACGUUACCCGAGAGGCUGCACAUGUGCCUUUCCCUGCAGUACCUGACUGCAGACAGGAACCACCUGUGGUCUGUGCCCCGCCACCUGUGCCAGCUGCCCAGCCUCAACGAGCUCUCCAUGGCUGGCAACCGCCUGGCAUUCCUGCCCCUCGAUUUAGGUCGUUCUCGAGAGCUUCAGUAUGUUUAUGUGGAUAAUAACAUUCACCUGAAAGGCCUCCCAUCUUAUCUGUAUAAUAAAGUCAUUGGUUGCAGUGGUUGUGGUUCUCCAAUUCAAGUUUCAGAGGUGAAACUGCUCUCUUUUUCAUCAGGCCAGUUAACUGUGUUCCUGCCAGCAGAGGUGAAAUCUAUAGGGACAGAAACAGAUCAUGUCCUGCCUUUGCAAGAACUGGCCAUGAGGACCCUCUAUAACACCUACUACAGGUUUCUGAAAGAUUUAAACUUUCUGACUCCAAUCUCACUACCCAAAAGCCUCUUGGAAUUGCUGCACUGUCCCUUGGGACACUGCCACCGCUGCAGCCAGCCUAUGUUUACCAUUGUCUACCCAAAGCUCUUUCCCUUGAGGGAAACUCCAAUGGCAGGAUUGCAUCAAGGGCGGACAACUGUUAGUUUUGUGGCAUACUGCUGCUCCACCCAGUGUCUGCAGACUUUUGACCUACUGAGUUGAUAAACAUUUCAACCUCCUCAGGAGUGGUGCCAGUGUAAAGCUGCGUUCGAUGCCGUGUCCCCGUGGUACUGGAAUACCGUGUGUGCUUGUGCCAAAGCAGCAGAAGUGCCCAGUCAGGAACACUCCGAGGCACUUAAAUCCUGCCCUAUCAAAUCUGGAUGAACUGCAGGAACUUUUCAGAAGUGUAAAUACUGAGCUUUUAAAAGUAUUAAUUUCUUUCUCCUCCAAGGCAGCACACAAACCAAACACAUUCACAGGCUCUGACUUCAGGAUUUCCAGUAUUUUUCAAAUGUGCCUGAUUUCAGGUUGACCCAUUGCAUCAUUUGAGGCAGUUGCAUUCCUCUAACUGGAAAAAGAAAAGUUCAGUUAUGGCAAACAAAUUUUCACUUUUUCAUCCCUGUCCUCUUCCCCUGUACAGCUGCAAUCAGGUGUAUUGCUGUAAGCCUGCAGAAACCUUUGAUGGAUCCCAGUGACUUUUCCAUAGAAUUCAGCCUUACUUUCUCCCUCUCAUCUUAAUGUCUACUGCAGCAGAGUUAUCCCAGUUGUAUACCAAGUCUUUGACAGUUCUCUGUGGUAUUUAAAUCCACAUGCUAAAAGCAGAUCUUUCUUUCUAGUAUCAUUAAAUACCACAGUUAUUUAAUGGGAGUAACUAGGAUAUGUCUGGAGACUGAAGAUCCUGUUUCACUGAAGGCUGGUACUGAUGCCUACACUAAGGGCUUUUGCUCCAGCAUGUUUGAGGGUGUGUUGUCUUUAUUUUCAUUGCUUUAUUUUUAGAAAUAGUUCUCCUUUUGUUCCAUGGAAUUCUUCAGGAAGAAGACAACUUUAAGUAUCAAUUUCCCUUGGAAAAAAUCCAACUAGUAAUAUGAUAGUAAACCUUUAUAUUUAUUAUAUUUUUACAGUUGCAGGCUAUAGAUCUGCAAAGAGCUGGUCUUGAUCUUUUUCUAGAUUCAGCAUUUGGCUGAUUUGUCCAAGUGUGUCAGUGGAUUGUGUGCCUUGGAGAAGGCUGGAAGUCCAGGAGCAGGUGUGUAUCUCCAUGCACAGGUAUAUUUGCACACAUAUACCUGCUCAGGAGGGCUGGGACAUUUGUUUUUAUACAUUAAUGGCAGAUUUGGUGCAAAUUGCCACUCACUAUCGUAUUUGUGGGAAUCUCUUUUUGUUACAUCUUGUUUAUUUUAAAUAAAGAGCAAAGGAUGGAAAAAAGGCCCAAAAUGCCUAUGUGACUAAACAUGUUGAUUUUAUACUAAAACAGUUUAUACAUGAUCAGCCCCUUUUGAUUUGUUUUUAAAUAUAUAAUGGUUUUUAAAAUAUAAUUUGUUCUUUUUUUUUUUUACUUUCUAUUUCUUAGGUAUAAACCACUUGUUGAUUUAGCACAGUGUGCUGGUCUGUGCAGUAGGUAGUUACAAGCUGAAAUAGAUAUGAAUGAAACAGUUUGUUAUAAAAAUGGCAAGAUAAAGAGACUUAUUUGGUAGUGUAUUAGCAUAUGUUGUGGUGAGGUGUGCGUACUUUGAAGGCAGGAGGCAUUAAAAUGUUUUCCUGUUGCCAAAGAAGCAUUUGUUCCCUCUGCAGGCUUCCUGGCAUCUCUUCAAUAAAUAGAGUAUCUUAAGAGCUUAAAAGAGUACCAAAAAGGCAGUUUUGAGGGUGGAAUUUUUAGGUUGUGCAUGUAACUUGUAAAAAUCUUUCCUGGUUUUAUUGGGUUGGUUUUAGAGAGUUGAAUUAGCAUUAAGAAAUGUAGAACUUAAUCAUUCAGGAAUGCAAGUAUCAUCUACUGCUUAAGAAUUGUGAAACUUUCCAAAAUAAAUCCCAUUUAUUAAAUCUGCUUUGCAGUAGGGGAAAGAGCCAUGUCCAAGCAGCCUUGGUGCUUUUGGAUUUCUGUCUGUGUCGUUUCCCAGGUUUGUUCCAUGUUGGAAUCCCAGCAGGCCCAGCCACCCCAUAGGGUUCACUGCUGAGGCAGCAAAACCCACCUUCAGCUUUAUCCUUUUCUUUCAGUACCUCAGAGCUGAGAGGUAAAUUGCCCAUGUACAAUUAUAUCUGUAUCAGAAAUGUGCAAGUGUAGGACAGAAUCCACUUUUGUAAAAACAGGUUAUAAAAGCUAUGGUAGCGUUUCAGAUAUUAAUUUUUAUACAAUAUUCGGAUCAGGAUUUUCAGAAUUAAUUUUUACUGUGGCUUCCUCUGUCUUUGAAGGAGAUGUUUUCUUGCAAGCUUUUGCCCUCUUUAUAGGAAGUUGUGGACUUGAAAUCACAGUUUAUAUCUGAAUUCAGUCUGUAAAUACUAUUUUGGAGUUAAAUCUGGAUGUGAUCACCUAGAAGACAUCAGCAUUUGUUUUAUUAGGAGUCAAGAAGAGUGAAGCUUGAUUUUAUUAUUAUAGCUAUUUAUUUUUUUCUUCUUCUUCCCAUAAUCUAAUUAUUUCUUAUUGAGUCUGCAUCAGUCUCUUUAUUAUUGUCUCCAAGUGCAGUUCAGAAGAAAUUUAGCCUGUUCUAUAAGCAGGAUGAAUCUUAACUAACACUUUAAUAGAUGAUAUUUCAAGAAUGGAAUGUUCAAUAAAUAAAUGACUUAAACAUGCAA